AUGGUCCUCUCCCUUCUCUCUCUCGCGGUUGUUGUAUUCAUCUCAGCCGUCGUUGCUAUACCGGUGCUCGAGACCCGCCAGAGUAUCACCGUCCUUUCGAGUGCGCAAAUCUCGGUAUUCAAACCCUACUCGUUCUACGCGUCUACGGCGUAUUGCAAACCUGCAACGACAAAAACGUGGACCUGUGGCGCUAAUUGCAACGCCAACUCUGGGUUCCAACCUGUUGCCUCUGGGGGCGACGGCUCGAUCGUCCAGUUCUGGUAUGUUGGAUACGACGCCAGUCUGAAGUCCGUCAUCGUGGCGCACCAAGGCACAGAUACCUCAAAAUUAAUACCCCUGCUCACAGAUGCAGAUUUCUUCUUUGACAGCCUUAAUCCAACCCUAUUCCCUGGAAUCAGCAGAUCCAUCCAGGUACACAAUGGCUUCUCUGAAGCACAGGCGCGAGCUGCGCCUGCUGUCCUCGCAGCUGUUAAAACCGCGAUGUCCCAAUUCUCAGCCACCCGUGUCACUAUCGUUGGCCAUUCUCUAGGUGGAGCCAUUGCCUUGAUUGACGCGGUCUACUUGCCUUUGCACUUGCCGUCUGGAACCACCUUCAGGACCGUCACGUUUGGCAUGCCUCGAGUCGGAAACCAAGCCUUUGCAAACUACGUUGACUCCCAUGACACUUCCCUUACACAUAUCAACAACAAGGGAGAUAUUGUUCCUAUCGUUCCGGGGCGUUUUCUGGGUUUCCACCACCCGAAGGGAGAAGUGGUUAGUCUGAUCACUGUACCGUUCAACCAGAAAACUAAGCAGUCCUAUCUAUCGCGUAGCAUAUCCGGAGAUCAGAUGCAGCGUGGCUGUCUUGUUCAGGACAAUACAGGUGAUGGGUGUACGAUCGACGAGGUGCCUAAUAUCUUUGAAGGUGAACCGUCAGACCACCCCGGCCCUUAUAACGGCGUCACGAUGGGUUGCUAG